CUCAAGAAACGCAAAUAAGAUUUUGGUUGACUGAGUGCGGUCACGUAAUUUGUCAAUCGUGUCUUAAUAAGCACGGAGAUACCAGUCAAGAAAACUCUUCAACCACUACUGAACAUAUUUGUCCUGUGUGCAAUGCAAAAUGUGCUGCUGUUGAAUUGACUGAUCAACUUCCUCCAAACCUCAACAUGUUUUUUCGACCUGCCUACGAAAUAAUGGAUGAAACUGCGGACGUUUUGAGGUUUCAGCAAACAAAUACAUUUUCGUUAUUAAGAUUUUUGAAAGAUAAGGUGGCAAAGCAAAGGCAAUUACUUGACAAAGCGAAAGAUGAAUUACUUCAAUAUAAAGAUACGAAAAAUCAAUUACAAGCAAUCAAAAAAGAAAAUCAACGGUUAAAAGCCCAAAUACAAGAUAUUCGUACAAGUUUAGCUGCAAAUGAAACAACGGAAUCCCCAUCAAAGUUGAGUUCUGGAAAUAAUUUAGGAAUAAGGUUGUAUUCACCUAGUAUACGAACUCCACGAACUCCCCGAACUCCCC